CCCCCCCUUGUCUAAAAAGCUCUGCAUUCUCCUACUUGUCAUAUUUGGCCAGCUAAAUGUGUUUGCCAAGUUAGUCAGAAAUGUCAAUAAUUAACGGAAAUGGUUGUCUUAGUUGAACAAUUUCCUCUUUGGCAACACACUACCUCCACCUGGGGAUUUGUUGUCCAAUGUGGACGUGCUGUUCAGUCGUCCAGCCUCCUCUUUGUAUUUUUAGCUCAGCAUCUGGGGAGAUUAUUACAGGUGGUGGAAAUUAGAGGUUAGACUAUGGGGUUAGUCUUGACACAGCAUGUUACUGCUGGAACGCUGACAACACAUGUGGCAUGUGAGAGGGUUGGGCCCUUCACUUUCCUGCUUCCCUGCUAAGCAUGCUAAAAUACCGAUAGGCUUCAUGUAGAAUGCCACAAAACUGCACUCCCUGUGGAAUUAACGUUAACGUUAGCUAAAGACUAAUGCGAUUGAUUUCAGUAUUUAACCCUAAAUCGUUCGGUAUUUUUUUUAUAUUAGCUUAAUCCUCUGUCAUGCUUUAAUAUUAGACGUGUUAUUUAAUGUAAUGUUUUUGUUAUAAACCCGCAAAUCGCCUUGGUAUGUCUAAGUUAUGGUAUUUCUCAUAGCUAACUAGCUUAGUGUAUAUGCUAACUAGCUUAGCAUGCUAACGUUAAUCGCGUAUAGCUACUAAUAGCUUAAUUUGCUAUUAGUAACGCUAGCUAAGUGACCGUUAUAGUCACUGUCGCUACCUGUCAAAAGUAGACAUUGUUUAUACAAACUGUUUAAAAAAAAACAACAACCAGAAGAUACAUCUUAAACUAAUGUAAAAAUUUUUAUUAUGUGACCCUGGCAAAAAAGUAACGUGAAUAGUCACUGGAGUAACGCGUUAACGUUACACGGACCUCGACGCUGGAGAGGAGGGAUCCUGCAGCACCAUGAGCCGCCUCUGCCUCUGGAAACUUUGGGUUUGUCCUCUUUUGAUAACUCACAAUGAUGAACCGUGGGCGUCAGGGAACACCAGCCGGGAUAUAGGAUGCCUCACAGAUAGACAAGCCCAAUGACGCAACGGGUUUACUCAAUACAGCUUGAAAUUGUGAGGAACAGGAUAAUACUUGCAGGGUUUCCCACGUUCCCUAUGACCAAAACCAGGCUGAGGACUCGGAAACUUACUGAUAUAACGUGACAGGCACACAGACACCUCUUCCGACUCCUGGAAGCAAGUUUCUCCGGACACCAGGGACCAGCAGAUGCAAACUUCCAUGAUGGCAUACCUUAUUUUACUUUUUCUACCUUGUGUUUUCACUACAUGGGCGCGCAUGUUAGUCCCUUCAGAUGAAGGAGUCCUCUCCAAAGAGCCGGUCAGGGAGAGCCGGAAAGUUCUCACUACAACGGACAAAGAAUGUAAAUUCCCAUUUCGUCAGGGUGGAAGAAUUCAUCAUCACUGCCUCACCAUCCUAUCCUCAAAACCAUGGUGCUCCCUCACGAGUAACUUUGACCGUGACCAGCAGUGGGGCUUCUGUGCACCGGAGAAAACUCAGCCAGAGGUUUUUGUACACACGUCACGCAGAAUCACAGAUCCAUGUCAGGUGAGCCCGUGUCAGAAUGGAGGCGUCUGCACGCUGAUCCCACACGGACGCUUUGAGUGCUCCUGUCCUGAGAGCUUCACUGGCACACUCUGUGAGCAGAAGAGGUGCUAUGAAACCGCACACCUGCGCUAUUAUGACACCGGAGAGUCUUGGGGACGAAUUCACCUCCGUAAUGUGGAACAGUGCACAUGUGUGGCGGGGGAAAUCAAGUGUGAAAGAGUUCGCUACACAACGUGCAGUUCAAACCCUUGUCAGAAUGAUGGAAUGUGUCGACUGAUCACAGCCACCGGCAAGGAAGUGUGCAACUGCCGAAGCGGCCACAGCGGUCCGUACUGCAGCUUCGAGCCGGAGACGGAGUGCUAUAACAGCAGGGGCACAGAUUACAGAGGGCUGGUGGGCACCACGGUGUCCGGCGCCAGGUGCGUGGCGUGGAACUCGGACCUGCUGUACAACGAGCUCCAUGUGGGCACGGUGGUCGCCUCGUCCCUCAAGGGCCUCGGGGAGCACGCCUACUGCAGAAACCCAGAUAAGGACAAGAGGCCGUGGUGCUACACACUAAAUGACGGCGCCAUCUCCUGGGAGUACUGCGACGUCCCCUCCUGUGUGAUGCCUGUGUCUUCUUCUCGAAGGAUUAUGCCGUUUAAUGUCCUACCCGUCAUUAAAAGACCAAACCCCUCCAUAACCACCAAAAAGCAUGUGUGUGGCAAAAAGCACAAGAAGAGGUUAUCGGUAGCCAGGGGCCGGAUAAUGGGCGGAAACUCGGCUCUGCCGGGUACUCACCCCUGGAUGGCAGCCAUUUAUAUCGGAAAAUUGGACUUCUGCGCCGGCACCCUGGUCUCUUCUUGCUGGAUCGUCUCUGCAGCUCACUGCUUCUUCCGCAACCCCCUGAAGUCUCAGCUUCGAGUGGUGCUCGGCCAGCAGAAUGUCAACGUCACUGGUCCCAACACCAGGACAUUUGGAGUGCAGGAGUACAUCUUUCCAAAACAGUUCUCAGUGUUUAAUCCAACGCUACAUGAUAUUGUCCUGAUCAAACUGGCGAAGCAGGACGGGCGCUGUGUGAGGAGAACCCCGUUCAUCAGACCCAUCUGUCUCCCAGACAAAAGCAUGACGUUCCCUGAUGACUACUGCUGUGCUAUUAGCGGCUGGGGACACAUGCAUGAGAAGGCCGAGGGUUACUCUAGUCUGCAGGAGGCCGGAGUGAGGCUGAUUCCUCACGAAGCUUGUCGGAAGCCAGAUGUUUACGGCAACCAUGUCACCCCUGACAUGAUUUGUGCGGGGCUCAGCGGCUGUGCCGACGCCUGCCAGGGCGACUCCGGGGGCCCGUUGGCUUGCGCGAGGGAUGACGUGAGCUUCCUGUAUGGGAUCAUCAGCUGGGGAGAGGGCUGCGGCCGCUCUGGAAAACCUGGUGUUUACACUAAAGUGGUGAACUAUAUCGAUUGGAUCAAUUCUGUGAUCACACGCAAACCCAAGGCUUCAUGAAUGAACAUCAGCCGGACAUUAGCUUUAAUAUAUGAGACGUUGCACUAUAUUGUAUUCUAACAGUUUUUUAUUUGUCAUGCUUGUGGAAGUUUAUAGGUUGUCCUUUUUUUAACUGUGAAACAUUGU